UUACACUCAGUUUGUGUUCAUCAGUUGUUUGAAUAGGACGCUACAAUUCUUCCAACUAGUUUUUGAAGCGAAACAUAAGAAGUAGAGAAUAAGAAUCGAUUUUGUUUUCGUUUUCGUUUUUUUUUUUGGUUUCUGUUGUUGUGUAUUGACCAUCUUAUGCUCCAUCCAACGAAAAUAGAUGUUGGCGAUGGUAUUAGAACUGUGUUAUGUUGAACUUUCGUUGUGAGAAGAAACUCUAGCGAACCAACAUGUUCAUAUAUUCAAGUAAAAAAUCGUAGUUACAGUGUUUUGAAGUGAAAACAAGUUUUAAAUUCAGAAGAAAACAACAAAAUCUAACCCGUUUUCUGUUGUGUGUACGUACAUAUGUUGUGUGGUCAUUACUGUGCAUAAAGUUUACUAUAUUGAAACACGAGCUAAUUAUAAGAGCGAACAGAAAAAACCAUGCAAUUCAACACUGUUAUGAUGAAUCGGAUAUCCUUUCUGUACGUCAUUUUGGCUGUAUGCCAAUUGCCAAUUUCAGUGUGCGGCGAGUGCACUUCGAAAGACGAUCGAUCCAGUGUUUUAUGUCUAAUGAAGUCCAUCGAACGAUCGAGUGUUGUCGAUCUGGAACCAGUUGUCGGUGGUACGCGAAUGGUAAUUAACUGUGACGAAUCGCUGUUGCUGGAGAGUUCCAUUCCGGACGGCUUUUUCAAACGACUGAUCGGAUUGGAAGAACUGUACAUUGAGUCGUGCAAAUUGUUACAAUUGAAAAACGGAUCAUUUGACGGUUUGAAUCGAUUGCGAACGCUUAGCGUGAAUACCAGAAACUCGGAAUGGGGUCUCGGACAUAAAUUGGAACUGGACGAGGGUAUCUUCGACGGAUUCGAUGAGCUACAAUCGCUUACACUGUCGAACAAUAACAUGAGACAAUUGCAUCAGACGGUGCUGUGUCCGUUGCGCCGAUUGACGAAUCUGAAUCUUUCGAAUAACCGCAUUCGUUCGACAGCAGAUCUUGGUUUCGUGGAAUGCGAACACAUGAGCGAAUUGAAAGCACUUGACUUGAGCGCAAAUGAUUUGUACACGUUGGAGAGCAAUUGGACGAUGGCGGACAUGCGCAGUGUAGAGUCGCUGUUUCUGCAAGAAAACAAUUUGACCAACAUAUCAUCGACAUCACUGGACAACUUAAUAUCAAUGCGAGUGCUGAAUUUAAGCUCAAACUACUUGGAAAUACUGCCAUCCGGUUUGUUCAACAAGACCAACAAUCUGCAGGAGAUCUAUUUGCAAAACAACAAAAUCUACCAAUUGCCGUUGGAUUUGUUCAACGACUUAUCGGAACUGCUCGUACUGGACCUGAGUGGCAAUCAACUAUCCAGCCAUUACAUCGACAAAACAAUAUUUGGCCAACUGCAUCGUUUGAUCAUACUGAAUUUAGCCGACAAUGCGUUGACUCGCAUCGAUGCCGUCUUCAGCGAAUUGAAUUUUCUGCAAAUAUUGGAUCUGAAAAAUAAUUCAAUCGGAUUCGUCGAUCAACGUGCAUUCAUCCCGUUGACCAAUUUACAUACGCUAAACCUGUCCGGCAACCGUUUGCACAUCGUCAACAAUGGACUGUUCAACGGACUCUUUGUGCUGUCACGACUGGUGCUCAGCAACAAUUUGAUUACGGUGGUGGAGUCGAGUGCGUUCAAGAAUUGCUCGUCGCUGAAGGAGUUGGAUCUGAGCUCGAAUCAACUGAUGGAUAUCCCGGAAGGUAUUAGAGAUUUACGAAUGUUAAAGAGUUUAGAUUUAGGCGAAAAUCGCAUUAGUGUCAUAACGAACGAUUCGUUUAAGGGAUUGAGUCAAUUGACCGGUUUGAGGAUGAUGGACAAUUUGCUUAGUAACAUCACGUGUGGUGUGUUGUACGAUCUGCCCAAAUUGAAUGUGCUGAAUUUGGCUCGGAACAAAAUUCAGGCCAUUCAACGCGGUGCAUUCGAUCGAAAUGCCGAAAUCGAAGCAAUCCGACUCGAUAAGAAUCUACUGACGGACAUCAAUGGGAUAUUUGCUACGUUAAACUCAUUGUUGUGGCUUAAUCUAUCGGAAAAUCAAUUGGUCUGGUUUGAUUUUGCAUUCAUUCCAAUGAAUUUAAAGUGGUUGGAUGUGCAUGGCAACUACAUAGAGGCGUUAGGAAAUUAUUAUAAAUUAAUGAGCGAAAUAACAAUAACAACCCUUGAUGCAAGCCAUAAUCGAAUUACAGAGAUCGGUCCCACAUCUGUUCCCAACAGCAUCGAAUUGUUUUUCGUAAACAACAAUCUUAUUCGAACGGUUUAUCCGAACACAUUCAUCGAUAAAAUCAAUUUGACUCGCGUCGAUUUGUAUUCAAAUGCCAUAAACAAGUUGCAUGUGCACGCCGUUCGCACCGCACCAAUGUUACUGAAGAAAUCGGUGCCCGAAUUUUAUUUGGGUGGCAAUCCCUUCGAAUGCGACUGCUCAAUGGGAUGGUUGCAUCAUCGCAACGAUAUUGUGCAUGUACAGCAUCCACAGCAUCCGAAAAUUAUGGAUUAUGAUGCCAUUGAAUGUUUAGUAUCGCAUAAACGCGAUAAUCCGGUUCGUUUAUUGUCCAGUCUGGGACAUCAGGACUUUUUAUGUCGCUACGAAACACAGUGUCAUCCCACAUGCCAUUGUUGUGAACAGAAAUCGUGUCACUGCAACAUUAAAUGUCCGGACAAUUGCUCGUGUUUCCGUGAUCAACAGGGAAUGAUUAAUAACAUUAAUUGCGGCAAACAGAAUGCCCUCUAUGUGCCCGAACAACUACCCGCAGAUGCGACCGCUGUGUAUGUGGACGGGAACAAUUUCCUUGAAUUGAAAAAUUACGUGUUCGGCACGAUGAAGAAGUUAAAGUCACUCUAUCUCAAUAACAGCAACAUUGUAACCCUUCAGCAUCACACGUUCGCUGGCUUAAGCGCACUUCAAAAACUUCAUCUCGAUGAUAACAAAUUGACGGCACUGUAUGGUUAUGAAUUCGACCAACUGCACGGAUUACGUGAACUCUAUUUGCAAGACAACUUGUUGACAUACAUUGAAAAUUCCACUUUCGCUCCACUAAUCUAUUUACAAGUCCUUCGAUUGGAUGGUAAUAAAAUCUCGACAUUAUCCGCAUGGCAGAUGCAAUCAACACACUUGACAAAUUUAAAAUCCCUGACACUGGGACAGAAUGUAUGGAGCUGUGGCUGCGAAUUUUUGCAAGAGUUUAUCACAUUCGUUUAUGACAGCGAUGUGGUGGUGAGGGACGCAAGAGAAUUAUAUUGUGUUGACGGAGACGUUCGACGCGUUAUAAAUUCCAAUUUAACAAUGUUGUGCAAGGGUUUCGAUAGUGUCAUAUUACCGGAAGGCAUCCCACACGGCUAUGUUCCUCUGCUGGCAUUUUCGCUGACAAUUAUUUUCGUACUAGCUGUACUCGUUGCGGUUUUCACCGUCAAGGAACAAAUGUGUUGCUCGUAUGUUAGCAGUAACGAAAAGCAUGUGCCCAAAACAUUGUACGAUGCAUUGAUAAUGACUUCACAAGAAGACUCCGACUAUGUUUAUCGCAAUUUGGUGUCGGAAAUAAAACACCAAAAACCCUCAUUCCGUAUCGGCAUGCAGCACAAGAAUGUUGUCACACCGAAUGUACCCGGCGUUGCUCACCGAUCUGGUAGAAUAAUCAUAUUUCUGUCGAAUAGUUUUUUGCAACAUGAAUGGAAGAGGCCGGAGGUACGUUCAGCCAUUUCGAAUUCAUGGAUGCCCGGCAAGGUUAUCAUUAUUCAAACGCCGAAUGUUAUCUUCGCCACCAAUCACGACAGAGAACUUAUCAAUAACAUCGGUAAAGGCAUCAUUAUGCUCAAAACGUGGGAAAUCGAUUUCGCAUUCAAAUUAAUGUACGCUCUUGACAAUCCGCCCAACAACAUGCUCAUUCGCGAAAGCAACGAUAAAAUAUGGAAAUCUCAUAAUUCGAAAUUAGUGAACCCGUAUGCGUGCAUCGUUGACGGUUUCGAUGAUCCGCACAAAAACGAUUCAUAUUAUUCGGCGGCCACCGCCGAAUCGGUAUUCUCGCACAGUCCCCCUCCAUCCAUGUCACAAUCGUCGGCAAUUAUGAAACACAAUCAUGUGUACGCUGGUAUCGAUUCCGACUAUGGUAGUGUGACGAAUGAAGAUUCCAUUGUGAGCGUACAUCGACCGAUUGCACAGGAAUCAGAUAAUGGACAUAGUGGUGGCGAAACUGAUGUUAGAACUGGGGGAUUUCUGGUUUGAAUGGGAGGAUAUUAAAUUAGUUUUUACUGAAUGAAACUGUGAUAAAGCAAUAAUAUAUGAUAAAUUGACCAAGUUGACCAUUCAUGACUGUAUAGAACGAUCUUCUUGCAACGAUAGCAAUGACAAACUGUCUCUAUAAAAAAAAGUUCUUCUUACCACAGACUUCAAUGCAUUUCGUCUGAAUGUUAUCUAAAUUUAAAAUCAUCAGAAACAAAAUUCUGAAAUCUAUUCAUGCACCACUCACUCUAUACUCAAACAAUUUUCCCACAAAAAUCCGUGUCUAAUGAAAAAAAUGUGCCCGCAAAUUCAUCUUGCAUUGAAUAAAAGGUCCUAACAUCAUAACGACAAAUAUUCACUAAGGAAUACCAUGCACACCACACACAUCUAU